GAAAAACAAUCCACGGAAUGAGUCAAUUUUCGAUCUUUCCAAAGCUCCCAUCCAACCUGCAUCACCCGCGACCGAAAUCCAAUCCAUGAUGCUAAACGUGCACGCAGAGCAGCACGAAGUCCGGCCGUCCAUGGAGAUCUUCCGCUUCCAAUCGGUCAGCAGAGACGAGCGCCGGUGGCUGAACCACGAACUUCAGGCGAAGGUAGAGGAGUUGGAGAGCUUUUAUGCGUCUUACAAGCUAAGCACAGCGCGAAGAAGAAACCAAACAGAGGAUUUUGGUGAAUCGGCGAAGUUCGACAGAGACUUGCUGCUGAAGAUGGCGGACGAUUUGGAGCGAAACUUGAAGCUGAGCCAGUCGGAGGUCUCGAAAGGCAGGGCCUAUGAAGAUUAUGCUGCGAGGCGUGGCGCGAAGCUACGGGAGGAAGAGGUGGGGUGGAAGGCGAGUCAGAGGAGGAAGGAGUUGGUGGCUAUGGAGAACAGGUUCGAGGAGAGAUGGGUGGAGUUGAAGACAAAAGGAAGAGAGGGUUCAAGAGUAGAAAACAAGAAGGAAGCAAUUGAUGAUUCCCUCAAGAACCAUAACCUUGAUUCCUCAACCUCAGCAAGAAGUCCUCCUAAAUCCUCUUCCAAGAACAUAAAUCUUGAUUCACCAACGGCCUCGCUGCAAUCUCUUCCAAGCUUUCCCUGCCUCAGUAAAGAAAACAUGAAGCCAUAUGCGAGAUCUAACACGGCUACUAAUUCUACUCCUUCACAAACAAGCAAGAGCGCGGCUAAUCUCGAUGAACUGAAGCAAAGAAUGGAGCAUAGCAAGUCGAGCACAGUCCUGGAGGUUCGAAGUUCUAUAGAUAAGCCAAGUGAGUUAGAAAAUGUUAGUGAGAUCGCGGAGGAUAUGAUGAAUCAACAAGUAUUUAUUACUGAAAAUGAUGGGCUUGAAAGGCAAAUCGCCGAGGAAGAGGCAUUCGUUUCUCACAUUGAGUUGGAUGGCGAAGAACCAAGACCAAGCGAAGAGUCAGGAACUUGUGAUUUCAGCUCGGAAAAGACUGAGAUCUCCCGACACGAAGAGGAAGCAGAUGGUGAAUUGGUGGAUGCUUCCAAGUUGAAUUCUUCUUUGGAUAGUGAGAGGGAAUCAUCCAACCCAGAAGUACAAAAUGCAGGUGAGGCUGCGGAUGCUGCAAGGGCGAGGAAGAAGUGGGUAAUUGCUGAAAAAACUACCCUUGCAACUGGUAAUUCCUUCAAUAAGUUGUUAAAGGAUUUUGUGAAACAAUUCAAGAAGCUCAUAAAGUUAGGGAGGAAAGGCAAAAACACACACAAUGCAGUUAGUGUUGCACUGAAGUUGUCGUCAGAGCAUCUGAAGAAAUCGAGAAACGAUUACUCGGUUCCUGAUCGUAUUGUCGGCCUACACAAUGGCAAGAUCUUCCCCAGAAAAGAUAUAAAGUCGACGAAGGCUGAUCAACUGGAAAGAUUUCCGAAAUGCAAGUUCAUCCACGGGUUGAUGAAGGCCAAAAGAGAACCAAUUUGCGGUAUCUCAUCUCUCUAAUGCAUCAUUCAUUUCAGAAUUUUUACACCACGUUUUGUGUUUCUGUUUCUGCCAUUUCAAGGUAGAAGCCAAUCAAGGCUCAACGAUAAAACUGAGAGCUCAGCUCCACCCAGUAGGUAGGGUUCUUUAAAUUUUAGAUUGCAAGAAAUUUAUGAUUUGGUAGAUUCAUAAAGAAAAAGAUGCAUAGCAUGGAAGUUUUCGU